CUUAAUGGCAACUCAACUACUGAUUUAGUUAUUAUUUGUUCGGAUAUGAAUGAGGAGACCGUCGAUGAAAUAGACGCUAAAAGUGAUGCGAUUGCCGACGUGUCCGCAAACUCAGAACCGCUUUAUUACUUUGGUUUUGGCUCUUAUAAAACAAAUAUUCAUGAAUGGUAUAAAGAGUAUAUUAAGAGUAUUCGUUCGGUUACUUCGGCCGCGCCUUCAUCUGCCGACCGGUCGAGACGGACAUCGAGUGUGACCAACACUUCCAGUGAUAUUGAGAACACCUCUUCUCUAGUUAUUAAUGAACUAAAGGACAAAUUUAAAGAUUUGGAUAUUAGUUAUGAUUCAAAUAACUCAUCGCUGGAUGCGAUGGGAGUCGACAGCGUAUCGCAAAUUGCGGACAAAGUAAAGAGGGAAGUGUUUAACGAAGGCGUGGAGUCGACGGGUGCGGCGCCGGAACCCAUUCCCGCUCUCAUACAGACUAUGGCUGUGUUGAUGGCAACGGAGCGCAAAACGAAUGGCGGUUUCACAUUCAACGUUAUCAUGAGUUUACCCAUCGGAACGGCUGAUGACUGUCCACUCGUCGACAACUAUACGCUUCAAAUGGACACUUUGGCCAAUCGUAUUGACUCAACGAACCGUCGUUUGGAAGCGUUACGCAAAGACAUGGCUCGGGCCGGACUGACACCACUGGCCGCCAGUGACUCACGUGACGCACUCAGUGUUUCCGAAAUGUCGACAUUUAUAAUGCAUUUGUUUCCGUUUCCGCACAUCACUGCCGGUCCCCGAGAUUUGGUGGACGAACGCAACGCACGACUACUUGAAUACCUUGUGUUGAAGCAGGAGUUGGCCGUCAAUAAGGAGGCGCUCAUCCAUCACAUGAAUUCAUUCAAUUAA